AUGGCAACUACAUUGGAACAUUUACCUGAUGAAAUCUUUUUCGAAAUAUUUGAAUACAUACCAAUGAAAAACUUAUAUAGAAGUUUUUCGAGACUUAAUCAUCGUAUUAAUUCAAUUCUUAGUUCAAUUCAACCGCGACUUGCCCUUCAAUGUAUACAACCUAAUGAAAUUCAUGAUCCAUCUAUGAUGUUUUUUGCUAAUCGCAUUAGGAAACUAUCGAUAUGGCAUAGCAAUUCAUUAAAUCUUAUUCAUUUUUCAAAUAUUCGUUCUCUUGAACUUGAACAUCCCACGAUAGAACAAUUAAAUGAAAUUCGACCACAUAUAAUUCCUCAGCUUGAAUAUUUACGUAUUAAUAAUAAUAACACAAGAUUACCAGGCAAUGUUUUCUAUGAAUUAUGUCAUUCAAUAUUCUCCGGUGAAUUUUCUUAUUUACAUACAUGUAUUUUGAAUAAUAUUCAAUUCAAUUGUCAAUGGUCUAUAUUAUCAUGUAAACUUCGUUCGAUUCAAAUCGAUGUUAAAAAUUGUCAAGAUCUUUCUUAUUUAUUCGAUAUAUGUCCAGAAUUGAUUCGUUUAAAAGUUAUGCUCGAUGAUGAAUAUUUUAAUUUUCAUUAUUCGAAUACUUAUCAAAGACUUUGUCGACUUGAUCUUUAUCUACGUAUAAAUAAUUGGUCUUGUAAAGAGUUAGAAUCAUUACUCAUCGUAAUGCCAAAUCUCAAAUAUUUGUCGAUUCAAACACCAUUUGCACAACGAAGUCAGAUGACCGUAGAAUCAUUGGCAAAUGUUUUAAGAAAAUGUACACCGAAAUUAGAAAGCUUCUUUAUUAAUACUAUAUUCAAAGAACAAUCAUCAACAGAUGACAUUCAUCAACUUCAUCCACUUUUUAAAUUUAUUCAUGUCGUUCAAGCGGUCACUACUCGAGCAGACCAUAUUACUAUUUCGUCUAAGAUUAGCAGAUAA